CUUCUCCUCUCUCUCUCUCUCUCUUUCUCUCUCUAACCCGUACGACGAGCUCCAUUAAUGGCGGCGGCGCCUCUCUCUUCGAUCUCCAAUCUCUACCACUCCCUCUCUCCUCCACCCAUCAACCGCUCCAAGCUUAAGAGUCGAACCCACCACCCUCGCAUUCUCUUCUCUCCAAAAUCCCGCCUUGGGGUUUUGCACGCAGAGGUCUCCGAAACCAUUGGAAACGCCUCUGUUUCGAUCUCGGAGAAUCGUAGUUUCGAUCUUAAUGCCCAAAUCCGAAGGUUUUGCCAACUGGGUAAUCUAAAAGAGGCCAUGGAAAUGAUCACUGGAUCCGAUUCGAAGCAUUCCGGCAUCGAUUCGGAGACUUAUUGCUCCGUUUUGGAGCUCUGCGCCAAGCUCGGAUCUUUAGAUGAUGGGAGGAGAGCCCAUUUGGUAAUAUCCUCUUCUAAUGUCCCAAUAGACUCUGUUUUGGGGUCGAAAUUGGUGUUCAUGUAUGUUAAAUGCGGCGACUUGAGAGGAGGAAGAGGAGUACUUGAUGAGAUUGCGUUUAAUGCAAACCCAUUUCCUUGGAAUCUAUUACUGAAUGAGCAUGCAAAGGCUGGUGAUUUCAAAGGGAGCAUCUUUCUUUUCAAAGAGAUGCACGGUUCGUGUAUCGCGCCUGAUUCGCAUACCUUCUCUUGCAUCUUAAAAUGUUUCGCGGUUUCCGGCCGUGUUCGUGGAGGCGAGGUGGUUCAUGGGCAUCUCAUGAAGUUGGGUUUUGAAGCUUCUAUCACAGUUGGUAACGCGCUUAUUGCUUUCUACUGUAAGAAUAAUAGAAUUGAAAGCGCGAUCUCAUUGUUCGACGAAAUGCCUCAAAGGGAUGUGAUAUCUUGGAAUUCGAUUAUUAGUGGGUGUGCGUCGAACGGAUUUUCCACUAAGGGUGUUGAGCUAUUUACGAGUAUGUGGUUUGAGGGGGUGGAUAUGGAUUUGGCGACGCUAGUUAGUGUACUUCCUGCGUGUGCUGAAUUGGGUUAUCUUUUGAUAGGUAGAGUUAUUCAUGGGUACUCAACAAAAGCCGGAUUAGCUAAUGAGUUAUCUCUCAGUAACUCUCUAAUUGAUAUGUACUCAAAAUGUUCAAACUUGGGUAGUGCAGUUCAGUUAUUUGAGAAAAUGGAUCAAAGAAGCGUCGUGUCAUGGACUGCAAUGAUUACGGCUUACACCCGAGAUGGACAGUAUGAUGAAGCGAUCUCGUUAUUUGAAGAAAUGGAAUCGAGAGGUGUUAAACCAGAUCAAUUCGCGGUCACAAGUGUUCUCCAUGCUUGUUCAUGUAAAGGGUCGCUCAACCACGGUAAGUUUGUUCAUGACUCUAUUGUGAAGAGCGGAAUGAAGAAGAAUCUAUUUGUUGCAAAUGCACUAAUGGACAUGUAUGCAAAGUGUGGAGAUAUGGAGAAUGCUAGGUCAGUUUUCGAUCAAACCGUUAAGAAGGAUCUUAUUUCGUGGAAUACGUUAAUAGGAGGCUACUCGAAGAAUAAUCUUCCUAACGAAGCACUUCACUUAUUCGGCGAAAUGCAAUCCCACUUUCGACCCAAUUCGGUGACCAUGGCAUGUAUCCUUCCUGCUUGUGCUAGUCUUUCGUCUCUAGAGAGAGGAAGAGAGAUCCAUGGCUACAUUUUAAGAACAAACUGUUUUGGAGAUAGUUAUGUUGCUAAUGCCCUCGUCGACAUGUAUGCCAAAUGUGGUGCACUAUUGCUUGCUCGGAUGCACUUCAAUCGGAUGUUCGGAAAAAACCUCAUCUCGUGGACUAUGAUGAUAGCUGGGUAUGGCAUGCAUGGCCAUGGACAAGAUGCCAUUGCUCUCUUCAAGGAGAUGAGAUGUAAAGGGAUUGUACCGGAUGAUGUUUCUUUUAUCGCCAUAUUGUACGCUUGUAGCCAUUCGGGUUUAAUAGACGAAGGAUGGAGGUUCUUCAACAUAAUGAGAAACGAGUACAAAAUAGAGCCAAAAUUGGAGCAUUAUGCCUGUAUGGUCGAUCUACUUAGUCGUGCUGGGCGCUUAAAUAAAGCAUACAAGUUUAUCGAAGCGAUGCCGAUAGAGCCUGAUUCGACUAUUUGGGGCGCAUUGCUUUGUGGGUGUCGAAUACAUAGAGAUGUGAAGCUUGCAGAGACAGUUGCUGAGAAAGUUUUCGAACUAGAACCGCAGAAUACCGGAUAUUAUGUACUUCUAGCAAAUAUUUAUGCUGAAGCCGAAAAGUGGGAGGCUGUGAAGAAACUUAGAGAAAAAGUCAGUCGCCGUGGACUUAAGAAAAACCCAGGUUGCAGUUGGAUAGAGAUGAAGGGCAAAGUUCACAUCUUUGUUUCAGGUGACAAAUCGCAUUCGCAAUCAAAGAAGAUAAUGGAUUUCCUCGAAGAAGUGACUAGAAGGAUGAAGGAUGAGGCCUAUGUACCAAAGACAAGGUAUGCGUUGAUAAAUGGGGAUGAUUCAGCGAAGGAGGAGGCUUUAUGCGGGCACAGCGAGAGGCUCGCGAUUGCUUUCGUUAUCUUGAACUCGCCGACAGGAAAGCCCAUUCGAGUUGCAAAGAACUUAAGAGUGUGCGGCGAUUGCCAUGAGGUUGCGAAGUUUAUAUCCAAGAUGGUGGGUCGAGAGAUCAUCUUGAGGGACUCAAACCGGUUUCACCAUUUCAAAGAAGGGAGGUGUUCUUGUAGAGGACAAUGGUGAAUUAUCAAAAGAGAUUAUUCCCUAGCAACCUAGCCAUUGUAGUAGUGCUUGUCAACAAGCUUGGAACUUUCAAAUAUAUCUUGAUAAUAUGUAGAGUUUUUCAUCUGCAUCCAGAAAUUAA